AUCGCUGGGACAGGCUCCCUGGUGAUCAAUGAUGCAUCUCGCCAUAAGAAUCAUAUUGUAAUGCAAUUCUUGAUGUGCCCCAUGGGAAAGUUAAUAAUGAGCCAGUAACGUGAACGGAGGAGCGGGAGACAGCGCCGAGCACCAGCAGCAAUGUAGUAGCGUAUGGCAAGCACUGACAGGCCGGCAUUGCUGCAAGUACAGCCACAGAACGAAGCAGGAAGAUAGAGAAAUAUUUCUAGUCUCCGUCUCUCUGUGAUGACGAUAGGGCAGUGGCGGCGAUGAGUAACGAGUGUGACUACUACGUCUCGUCACUGUGCUGCGCCUGCAGCUGUAGCCAGGGCAAGCAGAGCUAGAGGAGGCGCCGGUUACUGCACAGAUCCUUCUCCCAGCCCUGUGUGUGACAGAGCGGUCUUUGUCUGGUUCCUGCUGCCGCCGAAUAGCAGAAUGCAGCCGUCACAGCCUUUCCAGUAUCCGGCGUUCGCCCGAGAUGAGAGUGCGAUCGAUGAUUACCAUGGAGUUAAGAUAUGUGAUCCGUACAGAUGGCUGGAAGACCCAGACAGUGAGAAAACAAAGGCCUUUGUGGAAGCUCAGAACAAACUGACCAUGCCAUUUCUUGAGCAAUGCCCAGUUAGAAGACUAUUUAAAGAACGUAUGACAGAGCUGUAUGAUUAUCCAAAAUACAGCUGCCAUUUUAAGAAAGGAAAAAGGUAUUUUUAUUUCUACAAUUCUGGCCUUCAGAAUCAGAGAGUGAUGUAUGUUCAGGACUCUCUAGAUGAGGAACCCAGAGUUUUUCUUGAUCCCAAUACAUUUUCUGAAGACGGCACAGUGGCUUUGCAAGGCUCUGCAUUCUCUGAAGAUGGAGAGUAUUUUGCCUAUGGUUUAAGUAGCAGUGGCUCUGACUGGGUAACAGUCAAGUUUAUGAAAGUCUGCAACCAGGAGGAGCUCUCAGAUGUUCUAGAAAGAGUGAAGUUCAGCUGCAUGUCUUGGACCCAUGAUGGCGUUGGGAUGUUUUACAACUGUUAUCCAAAACAGGAGGGCAAAAGUGAUGGUACCGAGACAUCCACUAAUCUGCACCAGAAGCUUUUUUAUCAUGUCCUGGGAACAGACCAGUCACAGGAUGUGUUGUGUGCAGAAUUUCCAGAUGAACCCAAAUGGAUGGGAGGUGCUGAGGUUUCUGAUGAUGGUCAGUAUGUAAUAUUGUCUAUACGAGAGGGCUGUGAUCCAGUUAAUCGUUUAUGGUUUUGUGAUCUGCACAAGCAGCCAAAUGGUAUUACUGGAAUACUUCCAUGGGUAAAACUAAUAGAUAAUUUUGAAGCAGAAUAUGAAUAUAUAACAAAUGAAGGGACGGUCUUCACAUUUAAAACCAACAGAAAUGCCCCAAACUACAAACUAAUUAACAUAGAUUUCAGUGAUCCUGGAGAAUCCAAUUGGAAAGAACUUGUACCAGAGCAUGAUAAAGAUGUACUGGAAUGGGUAUCCUGUGUUCAUUCCAAGUUCCUAGUGCUUUGCUACCUUCAUGAUGUGAAGAAUGGCUUGCAACUGCACGAGCUUGCCACAGGUAGCCAUCUUAAGACUUUCCCCCUGGAUGUUGGCAGUAUUGUGGGGUACAGCGGUCAGAAGAAACACUCUGAAAUUUUCUAUCAGUUCACCUCCUUUUUAUCACCAGGUAUAAUUUAUCACUAUGACCUGACCAAAGAUACCAAGGAGCCAAGAGUUUUCCGGGAAGUGACUGUCAAAGGAUUUAAUCCAUCUGACUACCAGACUGUACAGGAGUUUUACCCUAGCAAAGAUGGGACCAAGAUACCAAUGUUUAUUGUCCAUAAAAAAGGCAUCAAAUUGGAUGGCUCUCACCCUGCCUUUCUCUAUGGCUAUGGGGGCUUUAACAUAUCUAUCACACCCAGCUACAGUGUGUCUAGGCUGAUCUUUGUAAGGCACUUAGGGGGCAUUCUUGCUAUUGCCAACAUCCGUGGUGGAGGAGAAUAUGGUGAAACUUGGCAUAAAGCUGGUAUCUUAGAAAAGAAGCAGAAUUGUUUUGAUGACCUCCAGUGUGCAGCUGAAUACCUAAUUAAGAAAGGAUAUUCCUCUCCGCAGAAGAUCACCAUCAAUGGAGGUUCAAAUGGUGGCCUUUUAGUCGCUGCUUGUGCCAAUCAACGGCCUGAUCUGUUUGGAUGCGCCAUUGCUCAAGUUGGUGUGAUGGACAUGUUAAAGUUCCACAAGUUUACUAUUGGCCAUGCAUGGACAACAGACUAUGGCUGCUCUGACAUUAAAGAACACUUUGAGUGGCUGUACAAAUACUCGCCGCUUCAUAAUGUGAAGGUGCCGGUGGAAGAUGGGGGACAGUAUCCAGCUACGCUGCUUCUCACAGCCGACCACGAUGACAGAGUUGUUCCUUUACACUCUUUGAAAUUCAUAGCUACUCUACAACACAUUGUGGGCCAAAGUCUGAAGCAGACCAAUCCACUCCUCAUUCACGUGGACACUAAAGCUGGACACGGGGCAGGAAAGCCCACCGCUAAAGUGAUAGAGGAAGUCUCUGACAUGUAUGCUUUCAUUGCACAAUGCCUACAUCUCAGUUGGGUUGAGUAACUAAAACGUAUUAGGAAUCACUAUUAAACAAGGGCUUUUCUGUCACAUGAGAAAUACAGUAUGCUCAUAUGUAAGAGUUGAAGCUGGAUAUCAUUCCUCUCUGUUACUUGAGAUAUGCUGUAUGAGAAAUAGAGAUUUCCUUUUCUAUAGAGGCAUAUUAAGGGUGUCUCUCUCUUUGUGUGCUAUGUAUUUAAGGUGUUGGUCUUAGCCAUCUGGUAACUAAGGUACACUUAUCUUCACACAUUCAAUUUGAAAUUAAAAAUGUCUAAAUGUUUGUUACAUAUCAAAUAAAUUGCUGCUUCCAUUGC